GCGCUGGCGGGCCUCGACCAAAUCUUUGUCGACACAAAGUUUGAGUUUGGGUACGCGACCAAUGCUAAGGGGGAGAGGCAGCUCAUCUACAUGGACGAGGUCGGCACGCCCGACUCGAGCCGCAUCUGGGAGGGGGGGCCGUACCGCACCGACGGCCGUGUGGUCGAGAAGUCGAAGGAGGAGUUCCGCAAGCUGCUGCAGGGCCACUUCCCUGACCCGGACAUCCUGCUCAACAAGAACCGGAUGGAGGAGAGGCAGGCGCUCGACACGACGCUGCCGUGCGCAUUCCUCGAGGCGGUCUCGAAGACGUACGUUGGCCUGGCGGAGAAGAUCACGGGCAAGCCGCUGCCCGUGUCGGAGGACCCGCGCAGCGAGAUCAUCGCCGUGCUGCGCGACCAGUUUGGCCUCAUCCGGGACUGA